CCACUGUUGUUGCAUUGAACCCCCACUGCUCGGCAACCUCAAUAUGUUUAAGUUGGGUUGGGCCAAUGUCCUCAGUGGGAUCCUCAACAGCAUCCUCAGCGGCAUCCUCAUCAGUCUCCGCAUCAGUCUCCGCAUCAGUGUCCUCAUCACAUCCCUGGCAGCAUCCUUAGUAGUCCCCCAGCCAAUGACCUUGGCACAGCCCCAGUCAAUGACAUACACCUUGUCGUUUUUGAUGCACACAUUCCCUGCUGAGAUAUCCCUGUGCAGGACACCAGUGUCAUUUGCCUGGGCAAGGCACAGGGUCAGCUGCUUGACAAAGCUAGGAACUAGCUUGCGUACUCGGCCAUUGACUGGCCGCAGUAUUCCAUGAGCACAAACUCCAGCCGGUAUCCAUU